AUGCGGUCACCGAAUAGCACACCGAGACAGACCGCCCUCGGGUGUUCAUCAUCAAUUUGCCGGGACUCUCCGAAAACAUCACUUGGUCCAAUUCCAACAGCUGAAGCUCCGACCUCGACAACACCAUUGCGCAUCGAGUCAAUUGUGGUAUCGGCGACCAUGUCAGACACCUCCGUUUCCCCUCCCCCGAGCGCCGUGGCGCGCCCCGUCAGUGAGGCACUUCUCAACGAGAAGUGGGAUCACUGCCUCUCCAACCUCCUCGUCAAGUCUACCCUCGGCCUCGGCUUCGGCGUCGUCUUCUCAGUCCUCCUGUUCAAGCGCAGAGCGUGGCCCGCGUUCGUUGGUGUUGGUUUCGGAGCCGGACGCGCAUAUGAGGAGUGCAACUCCAGCCUGAAGCAGGCGGCCAGAGAGAUCAGGAAGCAGGCAUAG